GCGACUGAAUCGUGCGUCCACUCGUUGAAGUGUAAAAAUUGCUCUAAUUUUCAAACGUUUACGUUAAGUUUCAGUGAUAAGCCAAUUUGUUUCUUUCACCAUAAGUGCAAUCAAGCAAUUGAAUUUGAUUCCGUUACCAGGGUUUUACACAACCAGCAAGACGAAGCUCAAAAUGCCAUUGGGCAACCACGCUGCCCUUACUCCUUUAGAAGAUAUGUCAGCUGGGAGAGGUCAAGCAGGCGGAGGGUCUCUUCAAAAUUGUCAAAAAGUUUUUAUACAACGAGAUUAUAGCGAAGGUACAAUGGUUAAAUUUCAAACACAAUUCCCUACAGAAUUGGAAAGCAGACUGGACAGACAGUCGUUCGAGUAUACAAUCAAUCAAUUGAACAAUUACUUUGCUGAAGCAGAACGUGCCAGUUGUUCAACUUUCUGUGAGGGCUGCCUUGCUUGCCUUACUGGUUAUUUAAUCUUUAUAUGCACUGAAACACAUUAUGAGAAGUGCUUGCGGAAGGUCGCAAAAUUUGUUUGCGAACAGAAUGAUAGAGUUUAUAAGCCACGUGGAUUAUUGUUAACAGAUCCAACAACACGUGGCCUCAGGCUAAUAGAAAUCUCUGUAUUAGACAGACCUGCAUCGUGACUGCAUGUUAGCCGAUCCACGGAAUUCUUCAUGUGACCCGCGCAUUUCUGCCGUAUUGCCAGAAUUACCGACCUACAUGCGCUGAUGAGUGUCUUUGGACACAAUUAUGCCGCACUCUGACCCAUUCAAGUUGGUCGUGCAUAAUUAAUUUUUCAUAAAAACUAGCAGAAUUUUAAAGUAUACCUUGCACAAUUAUUGUAAUGAAAUUCAUGUGCAAUAAGGUUUAGCUCUCUUCGAGUCUAACUUUGUACUUAGGUUUAUUGAACAUAAGUAUAUAUCAAAAGGACAAAUUAUUGCUUCAAAGUUAUGAAGCAUGUAAAGUCUAUACAUUUACUCAAAGCAAGAAUCAAAGUAUUUGCCAAGAGUAUCUCUAAUCCGAAAAAGUGAAACUUGAAGAAACAUUUUCUCAGAGCUUACGAUUUAAUGUCAACACAUGAGUUUUCAUAUUCAUUGAUUAUUAUUAUUAUUUUUUUUUAUUUUUUUUUAUUUUACAAAUACGUAAUUGUUUUGGCAAGAGGUUCGUGAAAAAUUUAUUCUACAUAUUAGAAUAAAUGACCUAAUAGAAACACAUGGAUAUAGAUCACAAAGUAAUGUGUAAGACUAUAAAAAAUUAUUUGAUUUUUCACGAUCAUACAUUAGAAAACAGAUUUCAUAUAAGACAGAUCAUAAGUGAUUAACAUAUCCCUGUUUUAUUGUUCAGCAUAUAGAGCUGGUUGCUGACUGCAUUUAUUCGAUGAUAUUCAUGGACGUAAUUUAAAGUCUAAUUUAUGUUUAUUAUAAAUCCAAUCGAUAACAGAGUUUAAACUUAGAUUUUAUUCAAAUUUUCUAUCGAUUGUUAAUGGACUUUGACUUUAUACGUUCCAAGCUUUAUAAGCGGGAUUCUAAGUUCUUCCCCUUCCAGAAGAUAUAUCUUCCGUAAAGCGUAAAUUUUUUUAUUUAUUUUUCUUGUGACGAGACAUAAGUCGGCGUGUUCUUUAUUUUUCUUUUUUUUUUAUACGUACGUACUUGAAUUUGAAAUUCACUUGCCGUAAAGAUAACUCUUACUUGUAGAGAGAAGUUGAGAGAAAAAGAAAAGAAAUAAUACUUGGUCGAAAUUACUGGCACAGAUAAUUAAUUGCGCUAAGAACUCCAAGGAUUGGCUAAAAGGGAAAUGAUUGUGUUUUGAGAUGAUAAGUAGGGUAUAUAUUAAGUUGACUUUUUGACAUAUAUGACAUUGUGAUCAAGGAUAAACAUAGUGUGCGCGAUAUGGACAGGCGUCUCGACGUUGUCAAAAUAAAAGAAUCUUGCAUUUCGAACCAUUACAAGGGAGACUUGGAUUUUCUUUUUUUUUUUUCUUUUUUAAGUUUAGCAAGAACGUUAGGUUAAGGCUCUAAUAAUCUUCUGUGAAUAAUUUUUUUUUCUUCUUUUUUGGGGUGGGGGGUUGAUUUUUUCUCAUGUUUUCUUAAAUUAUUUUUUUUUUUUUUUACUGGUAGAUUACGUAUAUAAGUUACAGUGAUCUCAAACGAAACAACGAUACAUCACGCGUGGAAUUUUUUAUACAUCGUACCUAUAACGAUAUGCCGCGGUUAUAUCGAUCGCGUGUUAAAAAAAAAAACGGUUAUAAGAAUAAAUAAAUAAUCGCAGGCAUUAUAUAAUAUAUAAUCGAGACGUACGAGAUGUUAUACACUUACCUCUCUUUCGAUAAAAAGCUAACGGUCCUGAGAUACAAUUUUCUCGUUCAGGAUUAGUUCGUUCACAUUGGAAAGUAUAUAAAUACCGUGUAAAUCAUAUUAAGGCAACGAAGAAAAAAGAAAGAAAGAACGAUAGACAAAAAAAAAGAAACGAAAAGAAAAGAAACAAAACAAAAGAAAUAAAAGAACGGGACCCAGUUUUCUUCUCUAACGAUUUAUCGAUUCUUCUUAUCAUUCCUGUGCACUUAAUGAUAAGAAUAAAGUAAAACGAAAGAGUGUCGAAAAUCUUUUUCUUUCUUUAGAGAGAGAGAAAGAGAAAAA